UCGCUGCCAGCAUGACUGGCGCUGACAAGAAGAAGGGGAAGGGCGAGGGUGUGAAGCAGAAGAAAUCUGCCAGGGGGAUGAAAGGGGAUGGUGAAAAGGAGAGGGAGGAUGACUCGGACGAGGGGGAGGAGGAGGCGGAGGAGGAGGGGUGGGAAGAGGAAGAGGAGGAGGGGGAUGAAGACGAGGGGGAGGGGGAUGAGAGCGAGGACAACGACUCAGAUAAAGGCUCUGGGUCAGAGUACGAUGCGGAGGACGACCGAGGGGUGGACCGUGACGAUGAUGAGGAUGACGUUGAGGGCUCAGAGCCCGAGGACGCAGAUGUCCUUGGCGACGAAGUGGGGGCGGGUACUGAGGAUGCCGCGGGGGCUUCGAUCACUGCCAAAAGCCGGGCGAGUCAUGGAGCUGAGGGUGGAGGGGUGCGGCGAGCUGGUGAUGAUUGAGGAGUAAUUAACCUCUAAUCCGGCA